AUGGCCUGGGUCGAUCUCAUGCGGGGUAUCAUCCUAUGUGAUGUGCUCCCACUCGACGACGACGCCAAGACGCUUCGCUACAUCCCUCUGCCGGACCCCAUCCGGCCAGACGACACCAUCGACGAAUCUGGAGGCAUGUACCGGGACGUCGCCGUCGUCGGCAGCCGCAUCAAGUAUGCUGAGGUGAAGAUGCACGUCAGGCCGGGCUCGGCCGGCCCGAAAGGCUCCUUCACCAUCGAUGGCUGGACCGCCGUCGUAUGGAGCAGGCCGGCCAAUUCCUUCAAGGAGUCGACCACCUGGGGCAAGGACCAUGAGGUCCAUGCUCACCAGGUCUCUUUCGUUGACGGCAAAAACAAGACGGCGCCAGGCUUUGAGUUGCUCCCGGCUGUGGUGGAUCACCAGGGCAACCCGCAGCCGACCUUGGUGGGGAUCCACGUUGGCCAUCCCAAGCUCAGCCUGAGCGUCGGUGACAACACCCUUUACUUGAUGGCCAAGGUCAACCGCUGGUACGACAAAGCAUGGGUGAUCGCUGUCGACAUGAAGAACAAGAGGCUGCGGGGAGUGGCCGAGUUUGGUGGAGCACCAAGGUGCUCGGCGUUUCUCCAUGCCUAUAGGCAAAGCAGGAUCUCGGAGCAUCUCAAUGUCUCCCAAGAGAUGCGUACAAAGAGUCACCUGAAACGACCAGGGAUGCCACUGCCACAUGGAAGCUCUCACAAGAAGCCAGAGAUCCCUCCACAUCAUGUGAUGCAUCACUGUCCCAGUGGACAAAACCCCAGGGCGACAUGGCCCACAUUUCCCGCACAGACUACUGAUGAUGAGGAUUAUGAUGAUGAUGAACGGACAAGGAUGGCAGACGACAUGGACUUGGAAUAA